CUUUCUGCAGCUUUGUCUACAUCGAUGUUCGCACAAGGGAAAGUGACAUGGACAAAACUAAAACAGCUGAGUGAUUUCCUGUGGAUGAGGUAAACGUCUCCUUGUGGAUUUCUAUCAAGCUGUUGCAGGACAACUUGCAGUAAUUGAUGGAACCAUGAAUUCUGUUCCCUACAGGAAAAUCCUAGAUGGAAUGUGCAGAAAUGACUGAAGCCUGAAGUCUCUCUAAAACCAAUAUCAGACAGGAUGGAGACUCUGAACGAUUCUUACAUCAUUAACUUGACCAGUGGCGAUAACACCAGCCUCUUUUCAAAGAGCCCAUAUACAGCAGUGGAGAUAGGGCUCAUCAUCCUGGUAGCUGGAUCCCUGAGUGUGAUCACUGUCAUUGGGAACAUCCUGGUCAUGCUCUCCAUAAAGGUAAACAGGAACCUGCAGACCGUCAACAACUACUUCCUGUUCAGCUUGGCUUGUGCAGACCUCAUUAUUGGGAUCUGCUCCAUGAAUUUAUAUACUGUCUACAUUGUGAUUGACUAUUGGCCUCUGGGAGCAGUGGUGUGCGACCUGUGGUUAGCUGUCGAUUAUGUUGUCAGCAACGCCUCAGUCAUGAACCUGCUCAUCAUCAGCUUCGACCGAUACUUCUGUGUCACCAAACCCCUAAGCUACCCAACACGUCGCAGCACAAAGAUGGCUGGUCUGAUGAUUGCUGCUGCCUGGGUCCUGUCCUUCAUCCUGUGGGCUCCGGCCAUUUUGUUCUGGCAGUUCAUUGUAGGAGGGAGAACUGUGCUCCCUGAUCACUGCUACAUUCAGUUCUUCUCCAACCCAGCAGUGACAUUCGGGACGGCCAUAGCAGCUUUUUACCUGCCGGUAGCCAUCAUGAUCUACCUGUACUGGCGGAUCUCGAGGGCCAGCCGCAGCCGCAUGAGGAAGGACAGCAGGAAGACGUCAGGUACAAGUUUGGCAGAAGCUCCCUCCAACAGCCAAGAGGAAGGCUGCGACAACAACUGCAUCACAACAAAACAAGCCCAGGAGGAGGCCGCAGUUGGGACGGACAAAGAAAUGUUGCAGCAGCAAAAUGGAACUGGGCCCUGCAGCGAAGAUCAGGGAGACCAGGUGGACUCCACAUCUGAGAUUGUUCAAGCUUCAACGUCCAAAGAGCCUGGUUCAUCAAGGAAGACCUCAAGUGGUGGUAAAAAUCAACCACAGCCCUCCGCACCACAGAAUUCAGCUAUUGAUCGACAAAGUAUGGUUGCAAGGACGCUGAUGACGGUAACAAAGCGUGCUGUGAGCGAGCGAGUUGUGGCUAAGUGGAAAAGGAGGGGCAAUUCUUCCAGGGAGAGAAAAGUGACGCGUACCAUCAUGGCCAUCCUGGUCGCUUUUGUCGUCACAUGGACGCCGUACAACGUGAUGGUCCUCAUUAACACAUUCUGCGCCAUCUGCAUCCCCAAAACGUUGUGGACCAUCGGCUAUUGGCUCUGCUACAUCAACAGCACCAUUAACCCCGCCUGCUACGCCCUCUGCAACACCACCUUCAAGAACACCUUCAAGCAUCUGCUCCUGUGCCAGUACAAGAAUAUUCGGGGACGAUGAGGACGCUUCAGUCUGGGAUGGAGCUGAAACUGAUGGACGGACUUAAUGGAAAAGGGCAAAAUCUGAAACAGUCAAAGAUAGCUUCUGCACUUCAUUUUCUUUGAACCGUGAAAAAUGAUAAAUGUGUGUGUACUUUUUUAUACUCUAACAAAGACCUGGUAAACUUUUUAUUUCCCAAAUGUUUUUUAAGCUCUGGUGAGCCUUAUUGUAAAAAAAAAACCUAAUUUUUACCAUUUUGCUCCUGCUACAUGAGCUUGUGUGGUCCAUUGGUUGUAAUGUUGUAAAUGCGUAAAUGUGUACAUAAAGAAUUAAACGUGUUAGAAUGGUGGACAGUUUUUUAGUACAUGUAUUUCUAGAGCAAAAAGUAAAAUACAAGGAAUUAGCCUAAUUGCUUGCAUUAGACAGAGAAAAGUGAAUUAGCAAAUGUAAACUGCAUUAGCAAUGAUAAAAUUUCCUCCCUCUCUAGAUUUACUCAGUCAUACUAGGCUCACAUUAAUGGCGUCUGUAAUCUAUGAUGUUGUGAUACUAGUCUAAUUGUGAAAUAAGUUCAUGUCAUUUCCCUUUGAAACAUGUUUUUCAGAAAUAAAAAGAUAAUCUUG